AUGGCAAUGAAUAAGACUGUGGAUGAGUUCAUUCUUUUGGGGUUGACACAGGAUACUGAAAAGCAGAAAGCAAUAUUUGGGGUUUUCUUGAUUCUUUACCUUGCGACUCUUUUGGGAAACUUUCUCAUUGUGGUGACUAUUAAGGCAAGCCAGGCACUUGGAAGUCCCAUGUACUUCUUUCUCUUCUACCUGUCCUUUGCUGAUGCUUGUUUCUCUACAACCACAGCCCCCAGGUUGAUUGUGGAUGCCAUUGUUCAGAAAAAGAUCAUUUCCUACAAUGAGUGCAUGACUCAGGUCUUUGCAUUCCAUAUCUUUGGGUGCAUGGAGAUAUUUGUGCUCAUUCUUAUGGCCUUUGAUCGUUAUGUGGCCAUUUGCAAACCCCUGAAAUACACAACCAUCAUGAGUCAGCGUGUCUGUGGUGUGUUAGUGAUUCUGGCUUGGGUGGGAUCUUUUAUUCAUUCUUUAGCACAGCUUUUCCUGGCUCUGAGAUUGCCUUUCUGUGGCUCCAAUACUCUUGAUCACUUUUUCUGUGACUUGCAGCCCUUGAUGAAACUUGCCUGCAUGGACACUUAUGUGAUAAAUUUGUUAGUUGUGUCUAACAGUGGAGUUAUAUGCACAGUGAGUUUCAUAAUAUUGCUUAUCUCCUAUGUAGUUAUUUUAUAUUCUCUGAGAAAUCACAGUGCAGAAGGAAGGCGCAAAGCUCUCUCUACCUGUACAUCCCAUUUUAUUGUGGUUGUCAUAUUUUUUGGUCCAUGUAUAUUCAUUUAUAUACGGCCAGCAACCACAUUUCCAGUGGACAAGAUGGUGGCCGUGUUUUAUUCAAUUGGGACACCCUUGCUUAACCCUCUGAUCUAUACACUGAGAAAUGCAGAAGUGAAAAAUGCCAUGAAAAAAUUAUGGUGUCACAAGUGA